AUUGACGUGUCGAGGGAAAUCUCCAGUCAUCUGAGCGAUCUGAGCGCUCAAUAUACACGACUUGCGAACGUUUUGAGGAGGACAUUUACGUGGGUUGUAUUUAAUACCCAGUCUGGGAAGAGGUCUUACCUGUAUCUUUAAAAUAAGUGCUCUUGGAUCAUGCAGCAUCCACUGAAGAAGUGAUCAAAGGACUAAGGUGUCAGUGUUUUAUCUUCAUACCAUGAUGGACAUGUACUAUCUCCAUAACGAAUCAUGGAAAAACAUGACUUUAGAUGCAUCUGCCUCUUCAUUCAGUGGCCUGCAUCUCCUGAUUGACCUGAAGCCACUCUUCAUCCCUUUGUAUGCCAUGCUCGUCCUGGUAGCGUGUUCUGGAAAUCUCCUCCUCCUCAUCUUCAUCGGACUGAACAAGAAACUUCACAGCACUACAAACUUCCUCAUUGGAAACCUGGCCCUGGUUGACUUGGUUAUGUGCUUGUUCUGUGUUCCCCUGACUGUAUUUUAUGCCUUUGAUGAGCGCGGAUGGGUUUUUGGCCCGUUCAUGUGUCAUUUUGUUACUCUGAUGCAGACCGCGACUGUGUUUGCUGCAGUUCUGUCAUUAACCGCCAUUGCGGUGGACCGAUACGUGGUGGUCGCAUACCCAAUUCGGCGUCGCGGAGGUCGUUCUUUCUGCAUGUGGUUGGUGGUCAGCAUAUGGCUCUGUGCAUUAGCAAUGUCCACCCCAACUGCUCUGCACACAGUCUACCUGGAUCUUAGUGCAACAGGUCAUGAAAUGGUGGUUUGUGAGGAGUUCUGGCAUGGGCAGGAGCUCAGUCGUCUAAUAUAUUCAUGUUUCUUCUUGCUCCUUUCUUAUUUUUUUCCUCUAGCAGCUGUUUCCAUAUCCUACUGUGCAAUCUCAUGUCACCUGCAACACAGAGCUACGCCUCGGCUCAUGGCCGCUACACCUUCCAACCAGGAAAAGUGGGGGCGCAAGAGGUCCAAGACAUUUCGCCUCCUACUGGUGUCUGUCCUGUCAUUCGCAUUCACCUGGCUCCCCUUGCAGGUGGUCAACCUCAUACGUGACUUGGACACCGACUUUGCCAUACUGACCAAGAAUCACGUCAAUGUGAUCCAGGUGUCGUGCCACUUGUUAGCCAUGAGCUCAGCUUGCUACAACCCCUUCAUUUAUGCUUCUCUUCACAACAAGUUCCUGUCAUAUCUAUGCCAGAACAUAUUUCAAAGAAGAAAACCUCAUCAUAUUCAGAGUAGCCUCACAACCUCCAGCCGAAUGCUCAGUUUGAAUACUUCUAGCACUCUAGCUGACAUUCCCAUGGCCAUUAGCAAGAUUUCACAAGACUGAAUCAUUUCACAAAGCACACAAAUAUUGCUUUUUUAUGUUGUAGAACUGAACCAACAAAUUCUGUACCAUAAUCAACACUGAUUUGUGAAACCAAUGACUCUGUUCUUAAAGCUAUAUGUACUUCACUGAAUGCGCUGUGCCAAAACUACUCAUGUACCCUCAGGUCAUGCUUGUGUCGAUAUGUAAACGUUUUGCCGGAAUAUUCCAAAGUGUUGCAAAAAUAUAGCCUCAUCCAUUUUG